AAACCCUCCACUUUCUCCGUCAGCAUCCUGAAAGAAGCAGCAAUGGCGAACUCAGGCACUUCCUCUUUCAGAAACCUCUCCAAAACCUUCAUCCGCUCAUUUUCCACAAAAUCAUCCCACCAUAAUAACCACCAAGCAACCCACAUAUAUUUAGAUCCCAACUCCUUCCUUGGAAGCUGGAAGAGCCCCAACGACCCCAAAGUGGCCGAGAAAAAGCUUGCCCAGUUGCGACGAGACUACGCCAAGCAAGUCAAAAAUGUUCGCAAGGAAUACAUUCAGGAGAUGGAAUUGUUGCGCCUUGAGAAGCUGAGGAAAGAAGAGGCUAGAAAAGAGGCGAUUAGAGUUGCUAAUGAAGAGCGCAAAAGGCUUAAGGCUGAGGCUGCUAAGGUUCGAGCUCAAGAGCGUAUGGUUGCUGAAGAAGAGUUUCGACAAACCCUGUUGAAAGAAAGAGCAGAAAAGCUUGAAAAUUGGAGAAUGAAGCAAAAGCUGCAUGAGAAUAAGAAGAAAGAGGCAAAUGAGCUACUGCGUAGAUCAAGUUCCAUGUGGAUUGAAGAGAAUGAAUUGGAGAAAAAGAUCCUUGAGGCCGUGAUGUAUAAGCAUGAUUGAUUUUCCCUUUUAUUUUCAACCAACAUAAAGUAAGGAUUUUACAUGAAUCUAGUGAGUAAUGGAAAUGUUUGCACUUUGUUAAAGCCUUGCUUCUAUGU